ACAUAUCGGAGUACGGCAGUGAGGAGAAGAUGGCGGAGGGAGGUAAUGAUGCAGAGCUGCUGAAGGAGAAGGCGAAUAAGUACUUCAAAGAAAAAGACUAUGAAAAUGCAAUCAAGUACUACACAGAGGCCUUGGAGGUCAAUCCAUCCAAUGCCAUCUACUACAGCAACCGAAGCCUGGCAUACCUACGCACCGAGUGCUAUGGCUAUGCCCUGGCUGAUGCUACGAAGGCCCUGGAGAUAGACAAAAACUACAUAAAGGGGUAUUACCGCCGGGCCACCUCCAACAUGGCACUGGGCAAGUUCAAGGCUGCACUUAAGGACUAUGAGACG